AUGGCAUCAAUGGACAAAGAAAGGGUAACUGAUGUCACCUACCUGGACCUGUGCAAAGCCUUCAGCACUGUCCCACAUGACAUCCCGUUCAAUAAAACCGGGAUUGUAGUAUGUGAAUCAGACAAACUACAGAAAAUAGUAGCUAUGAGUUUCUCCAAAUCUGGGUUGCAUGCUGUGCAACAAAUAAUUCUGUAUCUUCCCUCUUCUCUGCGUGGUUGCACUGUGUAUUUGUCCCGGAAACCAUGCACAACUUCUACCACAUUCCUCAUUCAAGGCUCAGUUUCUUCAGUCUAUUACUGGCCAGAAGAUCCUGAAAAAAAGGGAGAUGAUUCAGUAGUUAAAGAAGAUAUUCAACAAGCUGACCAUAUGUUUCUUAGAAGUCAUAUAAGCAGUGGUGUGCUCUUACCUGUUACAAGCUUUGAAACUGUGAAAACGAUUGCAAGAAAAAUCAGUCGCAGAAAAUCCCCACUGAACAGCAAUUUUAAGUUGUCUGGUGAUCAAACUGAAGACCUGUCACUGGAUAGAAUAUAUUCAGACAAUGAAGAGGAUCCCAUUUUCUAUAAAGAGUGGGAUCAGUCCAAGACUCAAUUUAUAGGAGCCUUAAAUGGUUAUAUCCAAAUCCUUGGAGGUUCUCCUAUUCCUCAUCUGAUGAAAGAAGAUGUGUGCAUGUUCUUAGCACUACAUAUGGAAAAUUUCCCAAGUGAACAAGAGAAACCUGAUUACAACACUGGAAUUGUCAUUUGUGAAGUGAGCAAGCCAAAAAGGAUUAUCGCCCUGGGCUGCUCCUCAAAGGACCUUCAUGCUGUACCAAAAGUGCUGUUAAGGUUUCCUAACGCACUGAAAGGCUGUGAAGUUUACAUGUCUCGGAUGCCCUGCAAUAAGUGUGCAACAUUGCUGGUUCAGGCACAAGUCUCACAAGUGUAUUACUGGCCAGAUUUGGACAUCACAAUGGAUACAAAUAACCCAAAGAAUUAUGAUCCACUAGAACAUGUUCAUUCCAUCUUUAUAAACAGCUCCAUUGCUGCAGCGGUGUAUGUACCAACAAUAGACAAGCAAAGACAGGUGCAAAUACUUGGUUUUAAUAGCAAAGUGUCUCAAUUUUCAUCUAAUGGUGAAGAAGUUAAGUACAGGUAUCUUAACUUGAAGCACCUGAAAGAAGGACGACUGAAGGAAUACAAAAAAAAUCUUGCUACAGCAAAGGAGUGUUUUCAAACUCUGACAAGUUGCAAAGAUGAAAAAAUAGUAAUUUUAGAAGAGGAGGAAUCUUGUGUAAAUAAUAAUUCAAAAUACACCCAUGCCUUACAGCUCUGCGAUUUAUUAGCAUCCAGAAGUGACAACAUCAAUGGAGUGGGGACGGUGAUUUACAAGGAAGACAACAUUGUUGCUGUGGGCUACAGUGGCUAUCCAAAAGGGGCAGUGAAUAAUUUAUUUUGCAACAGGGACGAUGUUGAUUUUGACAAGCAUGCAAUUGUAUGUGCAGAAGCUAAUGCAAUUAUUAUGAGGUAGGAACUCAUUAAUACCUUCAUAGAAUUAGGCAAAAGAAGGCUUGGUGUUGAGUCCUUCGUUAAUGAAUAAAUAGCUCUUUGACUAAUCUACCAUAGGAGCUUCAAAAUUGUAAAACAGAGAAGUAACAUUACAUAGCAUGGAAAGGAAUCAAUCAUAGAAUCAUAGAAUUGUGGUUCGAGUUGGAAGAGACCUUAAAGGUCAUCUAGUUCCAACCCCCCUGCAAGGGCAGGGACACCUUCCACUAGACCAAGUUGCACAAAGCCCUGUACAACCUCGCCUUGAACACGUUCAGGGAGGGGACAUCCACAGCCUCUUUGGGCAAGCUGCCUCACCACCCUAACAUUCUGAGACAGACCUGCAUGAUGCUGAACUCAUCACUACCUCUAAGCCCUGUGAUGACUGUCUGAAACUGAUCCGAGCAAAGAAAAUAGCAAAAGUCAUUUGGCCUGUGCGAGACAGAAAUAAAUCCAGAGGAUCAACUGAAGAUCCUGUAGAGGGGUGUUCUGUGGGUGCCUACAGGUGGUGAACCAGCGUAAAGCUCCAGAACAUCAACAUGUGCUUUAGGAUCCAACACCCCGAGCCACUCCAGCAUAUUCAGUGGAACCUUGUGACUGCAGCUGCUGUAUUUGUACUCAUUCCCUUCCAGAAGCACAUCUCAUAGCGAUCCCCCUGCCACCUCUUGCCUUGUAAUCAUUUCUGCUGUGCUCUACAGGGAUUUGCUUCUGUCUGUGGCUUAGGGGUGGAAAACAUUUGUUUCCUAUGUACCUCUAAGGAAUGGUCAGGCCUAACUGUGCAGUGUCUAUGGCCAUGAAGGCAGGUGUUACUUUCUGUGGUCCUCAUUCCCCCUGCAGUUGCUCUUGGAUUAGUCAGCGCAUUUGAAGAAAGAUUUUUCCU